AUGCCUUCUACAAGCGAGACUCCUGUAUCACGUAAAAGAAGACUGCAAAAAGAGAGAGUUGAACGUCACCGACAAAGGAGAUUUGAUGGAGGGCGUCUUGAUCUGGGAAUCAUCGAUCAAACGUGUUUACACUGUGGCGAGAGAUUUUGGUUAUGUGAGAAGGAUCGGAACAGCAGCCUAUCUUCUCCUAGGUUUGCUAUGUGUUGUGCGGGUGGCAAGGUCCGUUUAGCUCCUGUGCUUGAUCCUCCUCCUUAUCUACUUGAUUUAUAUACUUCCUCCUGUUCCGAAGCAAUAAGUUUUCGUAAAAACAUCAGAACUUAUAACGGAAUUUUGGCAUGCACCUCUUUUGGUGCUAAUAUUGACGAAAGCUUUCAAGGUCAAGGUGUCUCGAAUUUUAAAAUCCAUGGGCAAAUUUAUCAUCGCGUAGGAUCUUUGAUGCCGGAUGAAGGACAGAAACCGGUAUUUGAUCAGCUCUAUAUCUAUGACACCGAUCAUGAAAAUAGCAAUCGCCUUCAAGUUAUGCGUGAUCUGAAUGCCGAAAUGUUGCAG